UCCACCCUCUUCACUUCACCACUCCCUCCCCCAUCGCAACCUCUUCAAGCUGCAGGCCCGCACAAUGUCAACGGGUUCGGCCCGGCGGCCCAAGCCCAAGAUUCGCCCUCCACCCAAGUUGGGUCCCGACACGAGCAUUAAAGAGAUCUGGAACAAGCUGUCGCAUGCGAUCCGUGAGAUCCAGAACCAUAAUGCGUCUAAACUCUCGUUCGAAGAGCAUUACCGAUAUGCCUACAACAUGGUGUUGUACAAGCAUGGCGAUCAGCUUUAUAACGGCGUGAAGGGGAUCGUCGCGGAACACUUGGACAAGUUGGCAGAAGAGCGCAUCGUUCCCGCCUUCCCCCGCGCAAGUGGAACGCAGGCCUCUGCGCCAGGUGGAGGCGCCGAAGCGGUCGAGCGCGCAGUGGAGGGCGACCGCUUCUUGCGAGCCGUCAAGGGCGUCUGGGACGACCACACCGGCAGCAUGCGCAAGCUGAAGGAUAUCUUGAGGUAUAUGGACAAGGACUACACACGACAGCAGGGUUUGCCGGCCGUGUACGACGCCGGCUUGCAGCUGUUCCUCUCCCACAUCGUCCGCUCCCCCACUCAUCCUAUCCAUACGCAUUUGAUGGGAACCCUGCUGGGCCAGGUGCAGCUCGAGCGUGAUGGCCUCACAAUCCAACGCUCUAGUGUCGCCGACUGCGUGGAUUUCCUCCUCCGUUUGGAGAACUCUGAGCGCUUAGGCGGACGAUCAGUGUAUUCGACCGACUUCGAGCCCGAGUUCUUACGCCGCUCCGCUGAGUUCUACCGGCAAGAAGCGAUUGCGCAGCUUGUCAAGGCCGAUUCAUCGGCGUACCUUCGAAACGUCGAGCGACGUUUGUCGGAGGAAAAUGACCGCACUGCGCACUAUCUUUGGUCCAAUACCAGCGGGCCGCUGCAAUUGCUGGUCGUCGACCAACUUCUCACACCACACCUGCAUGCGAUUAUGCGCAUGCCCGGGACGGGUCUCGUGGCUAUGCUGGACGGCGACCGGAGGGAUGACCUCCGGCGAUUGUACACCCUCUUCCUCCGCGUGCCAAAUGACGUUGGCAAGGAUGCCCUGCGCCUCGCACUGCGUGAUAGUGUCGAGGCGCGCGGGAAGGCGAUCAACGAUAGCGCUCUGGCAGCCGCAUCAGCACCGCAGGACGAAGAAGAGGAGAAAGUUGACCCCAAAGGCAAGGGCAAGGCGAAAGGGCCAAGCGCAGGCGCUACGGCUCUGGCACAGGCGCUUCGAUGGGUGCAGGAUGUUCUCGACUUGAAGGACAAGUUUGACCGCAUCUUGGAUCAAGCGUUUGGGGGCGAUAAGCAGGUGCAGGCGUCCAUCAACGAGGCAUUCCAGUCGUUCAUCAAUGCCAACCAACGCUCACCUGAGUUCCUGUCGCUUUUCAUCGACGAGCAUUUGAAGAAGGGUGCUAAGGUCAAGAGCGAGGAGGAAAUUGAACUGGCCCUUGAGAAGACGCUCAUUCUGUUCCGCUUUCUUUCAGAUAAGGACAAAUUCGAGCGCUACUACAAGGUUCACUUGGCUCGGCGACUACUGUACGGGCGGAGCGCCAGCGACGAUGCGGAACGAGGGAUGGUUGCCAAACUCAAGAUUGAAAUGGGUUUCCAGUUUGUACAGAAGCUCGAGGGUAUGUUCAACGACAUGCGCCUGAGUGCGGACAGCGCAAAGAGCUUCCAGGCAUAUCAAGGCCGACAUGGCGCCGCGCCCUUUGACAUGAGCGUGAAGGUCCUCACGGCCUCGUACUGGCCACAGCAGAUCGUGACGACAAACACGUGCAGAUUCGGGGAGCCCCUGGGCGCGGCAACGCAGCUAUAUCAACGCUAUUAUGACAGCCGGCAUUCGGGGCGUCGGCUCACCUGGCAGGCGAACCUCGGGACGGCAGACGUCAGAGUUCGUUUCAAAGCACGACCGCACGACCUGAAUGUGUCAACGCAAGCGCUAGUCGUGCUUCUUCUAUUCGAGGAGGUCAAGGAGGGCGAGAACCUGUCCUAUGAGGAAAUUAAAGCAGCAACGGAUUUGGCAGACUCGGAUCUGCAGCGCACGCUGCAGUCGCUUGCAUGCGGCAAGUACCGUGUGCUGACAAAGACGCCUAAAGGGCGAGAGGUAAACCUGAGCGACACCUUCGCCUUCAAUGACGGGUUCACCAGUCCGCUGGCGCGCAUCAAGAUCAUGCAGAUUGCCAGCAAGGUGGAAACGCCCAAGGAGCGCGAGGAAACGCAGGAGAUGGUUGACGAGGAGCGCAAGCACCAAGUUGAAGCGUGUAUUGUACGCAUCAUGAAGAGCCGCAAAACGAUGGGUCACAACGACCUCGUUAGCGAGGUAGCGCUGCAGCUCAGCACGCGGUUCCAGCCGAGCACGGGGCUUAUCAAGAAGCGCAUCGAGGGGCUGAUUGACCGCGAGUACCUCGAGCGCACGAGCGACAUCGGUGUGUACCGAUACCUGGCAUAACCGUAGUAUAUGCACUAGGUUACCAG